GAAGAUCUAGAACCUAAAAUAAUAAUGAUUUUCAUUUUAGAAUCAUUUGUGUACUAUUGCAUAGGUUAUAGCAACACCUAUAUUACAUAAAUAGGAUAGUAAAAAAUUGUAUUGAGUAUUUUUCAUCUUCUCCCGCGUUCAAAAGGACAAUAAUAUAUAAAUGCACUAUUAUAACAAUAACAAUAGUGCUUUCUUUCAAUAAAAGGUGCAAUGUUUCCUUUAUUGUAUUUUGAAGAUAUAAAAAUAUUUGUUUUUAAUUAAAUCUGCCUAUUUUAAAUAAUAUACUGAUAGGAAAAAAUUUGCGUGAAGUAAUUUACUUACGUUAUAGAGGUUAUAUUUAUAUUUUCUAUUUGUAUUGCAUCAUAAAUAUAUCAUUAGUUUGAAACAACAAAAACGGUAAAUUUUCUAGAAGUUGGUCUUUAAUGGAUGAUUACAAAAGAUGGAACAGGACUUAAAAACAAAAAUUGAUCAAGCUUGUCGUACAGCUGAAGAAUUUACAAAACUUUAUUAUGAAAGUGUAGAUAAACGAAGAUAUCUUAUAUCGAGAUUGUACUUGGAUACUGCAACUUUAAUAUGGAAUGGUAAUGGCAUUGAAGGCAAAGAUAAUAUACAGAAAUUUUGGACAGAUUUACCAGUUUCUGUCCAUAAUGUUUAUACAUUAGAUGCUCAACCAAUAACAGGUCCUGACAUGACUGAUCAACUGACAUUUCUGGUUAAAGUUGGUGGACAAGUAAAAUACGAUGAUAAAACAUCAAAGCCAUUUAACCAGAGUUUCUUGAUAGCAGCAAUGGGAGAUAAGUGGAAGAUUGUAAGCGACUGUUUCCGGGUACAAGAAGUAUUAGAAAACGUAAAUUAAAAUAUAGAAUAAUAAAUUUGUUUUAUAAAAUA